AUGCCGUCUGAUCUGGAGAGAGCGAUGGAGACGCUGAUCACAGUGUUUCACCGUUAUGCAGGCAAUGAAGGAAAUACAUCAACAUUAAGUCGCAAAGAGCUCAAACUGCUGAUGGAGACCGAGUUGGCCAGCUUUAUGAAGUCUCAGAGGGACCCUGCUGCCGUAGAGAAGAUUAUGAAGGAUUUGGAUGGUAAUGGUGAUGGAGAGGUGGAUUUUGAAGAGUUUGUGGCUCUUGUGGUGGGCCUGUCCGUGGCCUGUGAACAAUUCUACAAGCUGCACAUGCAGAAGACAGGGGGUUUCAAAAAGCAAUAAAAGAUGACUGUUAUUUAAGUUUGUUUAUAAGUUUUAAUAAACCAUUUCAGCCACA